AUGUCCUGGGAGCUCGCUGAUCACCCCCGCGGCAAGUUCGCCUCCGGGAUGGCAUCCGUGAAGUACUCAGAGCACUUCCUCUGCACGAGGACGACGACUUCGGCAAGACACAGAGGGGGGCGGCGGGAAGGCUGGGACGAGUUCGCACCCUCUCGGCGAAGGAUCGUGCGGGUCUUCUUCACCGACGAGGAUGCGACGGACUCUUCCUCCAGCGACGAGGAAGACGCCGGAGGCUCCGUUCACCGCCUGAGAGUGAAGAGAUACGUCACGGAGAUCGACGUAAACGUGGUCGCCAGCCAGCGCCGCAGGAAAGCUGUGUCUUCUACUAGGACGGGGCCCAAGGACACCGUAGGGUCCCGCCGGAAGAGCUUCAGGGGCGUGCGGCGGCGACCCUGGGGCAGAUGGGCGGCGGAGAUCCGUGACCCAGUUCAGCGGAAGCGGUUGUGGUUGGGUACCUUCGACACGGCGGAGGAAGCGGCGACCGUCUACGACAGCGCGGCCCUGCGGCUGCAGGGGGCCAACGCGGUGACCAACUUUCCGGCGGCCGAGGGGGCCCCCGGCGGCGCCCCGGCUAACGGCCAGGCCGGCAAAGCCGACUCGUCGCCCUGCUUCUCGUCAUCCUACUCCUCCCCGACUUCCGUCCUCCGCUUCAACGACUCCCCAUUCGAUAGCUUCGAUUUCAGCGACCUCGGCGCCUUGGGCCCCAGCGUAGAGUCCCCCUUCACGCUCGCGGACCUCCACCUCCCCAAGCGUUACUGCUGGGAAGAAGACGACUUCGCCGUGUUCGACGCCGCCGAUUUCUCCCUUGAACCCGUCGUCACUCUCUAG